AUGCGUAGACACUCAUUCUCCCGCGUCGCAGCCGCCUCCAAAUCCACUCUCUCUGAACCUCCUCUCCCGAAAAUCCCCGCCUUCGACUACGUCCCCCCACCAUACACCGGCCCCUCCGCCGACGAGAUCCUCGCCAAGCGCCGCCACUUCCUCAACCCCUCCAUCUUUCAUUCCUUCAAAACGCCUUUGUGUUUGGUUGAUGGGAAGAUGCAGUAUCUGUUCGACGACAAGGGGCGGAGAUACCUCGACGCGUUCGGCGGGAUCGCCACCGUGGGAUGUGGCCACAGCCACCCCGAGGUGGUGGACGCCGUCGUUGAUCAGAUGAAGCGUCUCCAGCAUCCCACUGUCCUCUAUCUCAAUCCUGCCAUCGCCGAUUUUGCCGAGAAGCUCGCUUCCAAGUUUCCCGGCGAUCUCAAGGUUGUUUUCUUCACGAAUUCGGGGACGGAGGCGAAUGAGCUGGCCUUGAUGAUGGCGCGAUUGUACAGUGGCUGCCACGAUGUGGUUUCGGUUAGGAAUGGCUAUCAUGGUAAUGCUUCCGGCACAAUGGCUGCCACUGCUCAAGGAAGCUACAAAUUCAAUGUUGUGCAGACUGGUGUGCAUCAUGCACUGAAUCCGGACCAGUACAGAGGCGUCUUUGGGUCGGACGGGUUGAAGUAUGCAAGAGAUGUGGAUGAUAUAGUCACUUACGGAACGUCUGGUCGUGUUGGUGCCUUCAUUGCUGAAGCCAUCCAGGGAGUUGGUGGGGUUAUGGAGUUGGCCCCGGGAUAUCUUCCUGCUGUCUACGACACCAUAAGAAAGGCAGGUGGCCUUUGCAUAGCUGAUGAGGUCCAGUCGGGCUUUGCUCGCACCGGGAGCCAUUUUUGGGGCUUUGAGGCCCACGGGGUUGUGCCUGAUAUAGUAACCUUGGCCAAAGGCAUUGGGAACGGAAUGCCACUGGGUGCAGUGGUGACCACGCCCGAGAUUGCAAAGGUGUUGACUCAUCGGAACUAUUUCAACACGUUUGGUGGCAACCCCGUCUGUAGUGCUGCCGGUCUUGCAGUGCUUAAAGUGAUAGAGAAGGAACAGCUUCAGGAGAAUGCUCUCACUGUCGGAUCGUACCUCAAGGAACGCCUCGUUUCCUUGAAGGACAAACACGAGAUCAUCGGGGAUGUCAGGGGAAGAGGGAUGAUGCUUGGAAUAGAGCUUGUAACGGACCGGCAGCUGAAAGCCCCUGCCAAGGAUGAGACUCUUUAUGUGCUGGAACUAAUGAAAGAUUUGGGAGUUGUGGUCGGGAAAGGGGGGUUCUUCGGGAACGUGCUCAGGAUCACGCCGCCCCUCUGCUUCACCGAGGAGGAUGCUGAUUUCCUUGUGGAUGUGAUGGACUAUUCAUUGUCGAAGGUAUAGAGUUGGAUGUGAAAUGAAAGGUC